AUGAUGCAAUCAUUAGCCAACAUUGCUAAUCGAAUUCGGACAUUCGUGUUACAAUUGAAUUUGUUUGAAGACGAAAGAACUCGUUUAGAUCAAUUUCAUUUACGCACUGCAAUCAUUUCCACUCGAGUCUAUGUGACUCUUCUCACGCUCGCCGUCAUCGUUGUUCUCGUCGCACUCAUUUCAUUAGAAACUCAAUCUGAAGCUAUCAUAAUUAGGAAUCCAUCUGAAGCGAAUUAUCAAACGUUGCUCAAGAAAAAUUUAGCGCAACUAUUAUGCCCAUGCAGUCGUAUCACGAUUCCAUAUGGUAACUUUACUUCAACGGCGAUCGCCUAUCAUCCUGUGUGUUCGAGCGUAUUCGUCACUAAUGAUUGGAUUCGUCAUUUUUUCAGUUCCGAUAUUGGAAAGUUAUACCAACCUGAUUUUCGUGUGUUAGCUAGUAGUUAUUUUCAAUUACUUGCUGCACUUUGUUUCCAUGCUAAAAGAUCAGUUCAUGAUGCACUCGAUGAUUUUGACUCCGAAACUCUUAUUACUCCGUCUGUUUUCACACAGGACAAUCUUAAUAGUUACAUUCAAGAGAAAACUAACGAUACAUUUACUAACGCUUUAUCUAUUUUUCGUUCGAAGACGUACAUUAGUAAACAAACAGAACCGUUUAACAUUGUCAAUACUCAAAUGAGGAAUGCUUUAGAUCAAUUUCAAUUAUCGGUACCACGAACAUUUUUGCGUAGACUCGACUUCAUUCGAGAUGUGGCUCAUGGAAAUGGAUAUGUUUCUCGCACUUCUUCUAACUGGUAUAUAGAAUCAGUACUAACGAAUGGUCUUGGAAUCAUGGCACCUAGAUCAUAUGGCAACAAAAAUUGUUCAUGUGGUAUCAAUGCUUCGUGUACAUCUCUGGCAACCAUUGAUAAAUGGAUUAUACCUGGAUUUCUUGUCGGAUGUUAUCCACUCGAAUCUCUUCUUCAAUCAACUCUUGAAUGUCUUUAUGAUCUUACAUGUAUUAAUAGACUAAAGAAUGUCACGAAAUUUUCGAAUAUAACUUUUCGUCCUCUCGACCCGACUCUCUCAUCUCAUAAUGUUACUGUUCAAUCUCUUGUUGAUGUGCUUAUGAUUGAUCAAUGGGAAUCAAAUAUCAUAUAUGAAAAUUAUUAUACGGCAUGUUCAGCUCCCUCGUGUACUUACGUAAUCAUUGAGCAAGUCAAUCUAGUAUAUAUGAUCACCACUAUUUUUGGUCUUUAUGGCGGACUGACUAUUGCAUUCAAAGUUAUCGUUCCUAUCCUUAUGACAAUAGUACAAUAUCUGAUCAUGCAUCGUCGACGGCGAGUUGAACCAGUUGUCGAUGUGAUUCCUUAUCGCGAAUAA